AUGCAGGUUUUCAACUACUUCCGUGGCUCCAGCGUCAAGGAAGGCGACCCUCGAGCCGUGGCACCGCUGUUCGUGGGCAACGACUUUGUUGACGUGCGCAUGUACGUCAACACGAACAGCUCAGGUUUGAGUGUCAUGGAGCAGAAACCGGCGUGGGAGAUCCUUGACACUCCGCUCCUCGUCAAAAACCCGCAGCACAAGCACCUUGAGAUCGACAUUCCUCAGGAUGUCCUUGACAACGGCACAAUGUGGCUCCACACCUUUGUCUGCCGCGCUGGGAUGUUCCGUGACUAUCCAAGGGAGCCUGGCGACCCGGAGUGGUUCGUCACAACUCAUCCCAUCACGGUGCACAAACCGAAGCGCCGCGUCAAGCAGUACGUGAAUCUGCUCGAGGCAGAGCAGAGCGACAUAGACCAGAUGAAGAAGCAGCAUGAAGAGCUUGACUCCAAGCCGGCGGAAAUCGUCAACUACUGGCGACCCAACAUGACGAUUCACGUCAUCGACAAUUUUGCACCAUUUUACCCUCGUCAACUGAACCCUCUGCUACAGCCGUUGCUGAAAGUCUACAAGGACGAGAACCCUCACAGGUUUUACCCGUUCAUUUACCACAACACGUUCUGGCUGCUCAACGACAAGCUUGUUGAGGUCAACGCGACGAACUCGCGGCUUCCGCUCACUCUCGAGUGGGGCUCGAUCGGCUCGUGGAAAUGGCAGAUCUUCACACAACUCGACCAGUCGUUCGACAUGCAAAAGUCGAUGGGCCUGAAUCAGGAUGGCGACUCCGACGAAUUCAAGAGGAUCCUGACGGAGGGCAACCCAUACUUCUUAGCGUUGACGUUCAGCGUCUCGUUGCUGCACUCCGUCUUCGAUGCGCUUGCCUUCAAAAACGACAUCGGGUUCUGGAAGAGCAACAAGUCCAUGGAGGGCUUAUCGGCGAGGACGGUGGUGAUCAACUGUGUGUGCCAGCUGAUCAUCGCCCUGUACCUCCUCGACAACGACACGUCGAUCGUGGUACUGGCCAGCGCGCUCAUCGGUACAGUGAUCGAAUUUUGGAAGCUAACAAAAGUGUUCAGGGUGACGUUUGAUGCGAGGAGGCCGCUCUGGCGUAUGGUAAAGUUCGAGGAUAGAGAGUCCUACGUUUCGAGUAAGACCAAGGAACACGACGAAGCGGCCAUGAGGUAUCUGUCGUACGCAGCGUAUCCUCUCGUGGGGUGCUACGCGGUGUACUCGCUCGCGUACCAAACACACAAGUCCUGGUACUCCUGGGUCCUCAGCUCCCUCGUCGGCGCAGUCUACAUGUUCGGGUUCAUUCUGAUGUGUCCACAGCUCUACUUGAACUACAAACUGAAGUCGGUUGCCCACCUUCCCUGGCGUCAAAUGACAUACAAGUUCCUGAACACUAUCAUCGAUGAUUUGUUCGCCUUCGUCAUCAAGAUGCCGUUGCUACAUCGCUUAGCAGUGUUCCGUGACGACCUUGUUUUCCUGGUCUUCUUGUAUCAGCGCUGGAUCUACCGAGUUGAUCCAACGCGCGUCAACGAGUUCGGCUUUUCUGCGACCGACGCUGGGAAGGAUGGCGACGAGGCUCAGGAGAGUUCCGACACGGCGCAAGGAUAUGACAAGGGAACGGCCCGGGCCGUGCAGAACAGGGAUGGUCUGCGGCGGAGGAAAGGAGAAGCCGAGCGUGCUGGCACGUCCGGGGCCGCAGGGCCGUCGACAACUGACAAAAAGAAGACUUGA